GGAUCUUUCUCUGAGGAAUGUGAGGCAUUUUAUCCCUGAUGAAUGUGACAAGAUGCUCGAGUCACUUGACAUGAGGACAGAUGUGCAGGAGAUAUUCAAGAUGACUCCUCAUGACAAACAAGUUAUGAUGUUUUCUGCAACACUUAGCAAGGAAAUCCGUCCUGUUUGCAAGAAAUUUAUGCAAGAUCCAAUGGAAAUUUAUGUUGAUGAUGAGGCAAAAUUUACCCUUCAUUCCUCAUGUCAGCACUACAUCAAAUUGAGUGAGCUAGAGAAGAACCGCAAGCUGAAUGACCUUCUUGAUGCACUAGACUUCAAUCAAGUUGUUAUAUUUGUCAAAAGUGUAAGCAGAGCUGCUGAGCUGAACAAAUUGCUGGUUGAGUGUAAUUUUCCAUCGAUCUGCAUCCAUUCUGGCAUGUCCAAGGAAGAAAGGUUGAUAUGCUACAAGGGUUUCAAGGAGAGGCACAAGAGGAUAUUUGUGGCAACAGAUCUGGUUGGUAGGCGAAUCGACAUCGAACGUGUUAACAUUGUCAUCAACUAUGACAUGCCAGAUUUAGCAGAUACUUAUCUGCACAGGUUAGGUCUAGGUGACGUGGGAAACAACAACAUUGACAGUGACGGUGUUAUGGCACGUACCUUCUUAAUAAGAACAAAAACUGAGGAGGAUCGGAAUAAGCUUGCAGCAGCAAUUCAGGAAUACGCCCCUCCUGCUUGA